UCCUCGGGCCAACACGCGGCUAUCGGAACGCCGAUCCACCAGUUAUCUAUAAUCCCUCUUCCGCCUUCCGCCGCCGGCUCAAGGCCGAUUCCGAUGGCAGCGUCGCAACCACUUCUUCUCUGGUGCUCACUCCGAUCGCUUCCAAGGGCUGCCAGUUCCAACUCCUUCGAGCCACGCCUAGGAAGAAGGGAAGUGUUGCUGAGGAGCAGCGAAGUUGCAGCAUUAGCAGCUAUCUUCCAGUUCGGUGGAACAAAACCCAGCUAUCUCGGAGUUCAGAAGAAUCCUCCUUCUCUAGCACUGUGCCCUGCAACCAAUAACUGCAUAUCUACUGCAGAGGAGAUUACCGAUAACCAACACUAUGCUCCCCCUUGGAAUUACAAUCCUGAAGAUGGAAAUAGGAAGAACCCAAUAAGCAAAGAGGAAGCCAUCACCGAGCUUCUUCAGGUGGUGACAACACUGAAGCCCGAUAAUUUUACUCCUCUUAUCGCUGAAAGAAGAGAAGACUACAUCAGAGUUGAAUACCAAAGUCCUAUAAUGGGUUUUAUUGACGACGUCGAGUUUUGGUUCCCACCCGGAAAGAACUCCAUCGUAGAGUAUCGUUCAGCAUCCCGUACCGGGAACUUCGACUUUGAUGUCAAUAAGAAGAGGAUAAAGGCAUUGCGGUUGGAACUAGAGAAAAAGGGUUGGGCUUCUCAGGGGAACUUCUAAUACGCCUGAACACGCUUUUCUUAUGUUUGUUUUCGGUGAAGAGCUAAAUGAACAGCUCAUUAUUGUUCUAUUCAACUUGUUCAUAUAUUGUAUUUUGUACAAAAGGGAAGAUAGAAAUAGUUCAUCAAUCAGAUUAAAUCUAAAAUGAUGAUGUAAUAAAAAAAAA